AUGCAGCGCCGCAAUACAUUCUUCUGCCGCUUUCAAGAAUUUAUUAGCAAGGCUAAAACUACAUCGCAGGCCAACAAUACCAAAGGCUCAGCAAUGCAUUUGCUCGCAACUUCCUCCGCUGUCCUUAUGAUUUCAUCCAUAUAUUCAGCGAUCCGGCGGUGGUACGCAAAACCUAUGGAAUGUUACAAGCGAGGCGAAUUCGAAGUCCAGCUCCAGAUCGACGGCAUUGGAGGCAUUAAGGAACUUGCACUUGCUGCGGCAAUCACCGACUCGAAAGAUGCAUCUCAGUAUGUCGUUUUCUUCACGACGGAUGAUUGCAAUCCAGACAGCGUUAUUGAUAACGCCUGGUUGGACAAAGGUUGUUCUUCAAAGCUACCAAAUGCUCCUACUGAGUACAAGAGUUGCUGUCAGGAUGGAUCACUGUCAAGCAUCGAAGCACAAGAAUUGAAUAACAUCGUUUCCAUCCUCUAG